AGUUUCUCGCAUUUGCCCAAUAAGAGUUGGAUUUGGCUCUCUGUUCAAUAUUUGGUACUGCAUGAUUACGCGAGAAAGCGCAAACUUCAGUUCGAAAUUCAUAUCACCGCCCCUUUUGUCAAGCAUGUAAAAUCAGUGAUGCCUAUCACAGAUCUGAAAGUAUGCAUUUAAACGAAAGUGACCAACAGGAUAAAGGAGGCGAUCGUGAAAAGCUUGAUUUGGAUCUACAACUAACACGGGCAAGUGCCGAUUAUCCGGUAAAAUUCUUGCCCUGUAGCUUUUAGAUAGCAGAUCUAGAUGAAUCUUUAGUAUCUCCUAUGUCGUUUCUCGUUCUUAUAUUUAACAUGUAUUUUUCGUCCAUGAACGACAAAACAUUAUCACUUUGAGAAUAUUGUCUUUUAUUGGCUACCAUGGCAGGAAAUGAUGGCAACGAAUUAGUCCGCAUAGAGACAAAUAUUCUGCCCAAAGGGAAACUUAUAGUGGUCUUUUGUGGUUUAGCAUUUGCUCUUCUUAUCACUUUUAUAGAUCAAAACUCCAUUGGUAUAGCAUUACCAACAAUCGGAGCAGAUCUCAAUGCGGCCACCACAAUUUCUUGGGCAGGUACUUCGAGUUUGAUUGCCAAUACAGUAUUCCAAGUUCUUUAUGGAAGAAUAUCAGAUAUCUUGGGAAGAAAAGUGGUAUUCCUCACUGCCGUGGGAUUGUUGGCGCUAGGAGAUUUGCUUUGUGGGUUCGCUCAGACAGGUCCCCAGCUUUAUGUUUUUAGGGGUAUUUCAGGAGUGGGCUCUGGUGGGAUUAUGGCCUUGACUAUGAUGAUUGUAUCAGAUGUUGUUACUUUGGAGAAUCGUGGAAAGUGGGUAUAUUCCGGCUAUCAGGGUUUCAAGGAUUACAGCUAAUGACUUUUAGAUAUCAAGGAAUUUUGGGAUCCUGCAUCGGUUUGGGCAAUACUAUAGGACCAUUCUUGGCGGCCGCGUUCGUCCAACAUUCGACAUGGCGAGGUCUUUUCUGGUGUAUUUGCCCGCUAGUUAUUCUAGCUGGUAUCAUGGUAGCAUGGACACUCCCUCCAAGUAAAGUGCAUGGCUCUACAGCAACCAAAAUUCGAGUCAUCGAUUACCCAGGAAUUGUCCUCGUCACCGCAACCAUUAUGCUCAUUCUAAUACCCGUUUCGGGUGGUGGCACCUACUUCGAAUGGUCUAGUCCCAUGGUAAUUUCCAUGCUCACAGUGGGUGGCAUAUGCUUAGUUGCUUUUCUCAUCGUGGAAUGGAAAUUCGCCGUUAUGCCAAUGUUACCUUUGAACCUUUUCAAAAACCCAGCCGUCUUCGCCAUCCUCACACAAAAUUUUCUCUUCGGCAUCGUUUAUUACUCUCACCUCUACUACCUCCCAGUAUACUACCAAAAUGCUCGCCAGUACUCACCUGUUAUGUCCGCCGCGCUCACCAUACCAUUUGUCGCUACCCAAUCCAGCUUCAGUAUUGUAUCUGGACAGUACAUCUCUAGGACGAAACGCUAUGGCGAAAUUAUCUGGAUAGGAUUCAUUCUUUGGACUCUAGGAUCAGGUCUUGUUAUUCUAUUUUCUCGAACGAUACCAAAAUGGAAAAUAGUCUUAAUCCUCUUAACCGAGGGUGCAGGAGUAGGUUUCGUCUUCCAACCUACUCUCAUAGCAGCACAAGCACACUGCACCAAACGUGAUCGCGCAGUUAUUAUCUCCACUCGAAAUUUUCUGCGUUCACUAGGUGGUGCAUUCGGUCUCGCAAUUUCCUCAGCCAUUUUUUCAAAUUCGAUCAAGUCCCAUCUAGCCACAUUAGCAACUCCCUUACCUGCAGGAUUUAAAGAAACAAUUCUUGCAUCGAUACUAAGCAUUCCCAACUUAUCAAUCUUAACAGCGGAACAAAAAAACGAAGUCUUAGAUGCGUAUAUGGCGGCGAGUAGAAGUGUGUUUUUACUUUGGGUACCAAUUAUUGGGGUUUGUUUAUGUCUUUGCCUUUUGAUUAAGGAUAAGGGAUUGCAGAGACCUGAUGAGAAACCCGUGGUUACUGAGGAGGAACAGGAAGAGGAAAAUAGUGGAAGUGUGACGGAAAAUGAGGUCGCGGUCGAGGAGAGGGAUGUAGAGAGAGAUUUAGAGAGCGGGCGAGUGGAGAAUGUCGUGUAAGCAAAAUUUUAGGAAGUAGAGUUUUAUAAUGCUCGAAUUAUUAUGUUUGGACUGGAAAAAGGAGUUGUAUACCCGAAGGUGUUGUAUACUAGCGAAGCAGCGAUUAUGAUCAUAGACUAAUGAAAUCACCCGUUUUGUUU